AUGGGAAGAAAAGCAGGCAAGUACAAGAAGAAAGAGAACAAUGACUCGAAGAAAAAGACAAUGUAUCACGAUGAGGACAAUGAUGAUAUGAUGAAUGAUCAAAUUGACGCUUUUCACAAACAGAGAGAUAUAGUUCCAUUAGAUUUAGAUGAAGAUGCAGGGGAGUCUGAUGCUGAUUUUGAGCAUCCAGUUCUUGACUUUGAGGAUGAAAAAUAUGACAUGGAUGAUAAUGAGGAGGACGACGACGAUGACAUUGAAGACGACUCUCAACUUACGGGCUUUGCUGCAAAACUUCUGAGGCAACAGAAAUAUUUACGAGCUAAGACUGGUGGGGUUGAGGAGGAAAUGGAUGAUGAUGCUGAAAAGGAAGAAGAAAAAGAAAGGGCUGUUUGGGGCAGAGCAAAGAGUACUUUUUACGAUGCUGACAACACUGACUAUGAGAUACAAUCAAGUGAUGAGGAGCUACCUGUUGAAGAAGAGGAAGAGGUUUUGAGAUUACAGAAGGAAAAGGCAAAAUCUUUGACGGAAGAAGAUUUUGGUCUUGAGGAUGUCACUGACAAUGAGGGUGACAAGGAACGCACAUUCGAGGAAAUUUUGGUCCAUGGAAAACCUGGAUGUAAACCUUAUGCAAGCAAAGAAGGUAAAGAAGAUAAUGCAACUGUUUAUGAGGAAGUGAAGAAAGACAUAAAUGCAUUGACCAGGGAAGAGCAAAUGGAUGUGCUAAAUAGUUCUGCACCAGAGUUAGUUGGUUUACUGUCAGAACUUGAUGAUGUUCUUGGGCAGCUUGAAAACAAGGUGAAUCCACUCUUGAGCAAGAUCAGAGAUGUAAAGAAUGCAAUCAAAGGAGGGAUGCAUUAUAUGGAGAUCAAGCAGCAACUUUUACUCUCCUAUUGCCAGGCAAUUGCGUUCUAUCUUCUUCUCAAGUCAGAAGGGCAGCCUGUUCGUGAUCAUCCUGUAAUUUCUAGGCUUGUGGAGAUCAAGAAUUUAUUGGACAAGAUGAAGGAACUUGGUGACAAUCUUCCUCCUGAGCUUCAGGAUAUUCUGGACAAGAAUGAACCUGCUCUGAGAGUGGAGAAGCUGGUUCAAGAGAAUGCUGCGGCAAACUUUGUAUCUUGUUCGGAGGUUCACAAGCCCACUGCGGUCUCUGUUGAGAUAGUAGAGAAACCAGGGGCUCAUGAAGGAGCUCCUUUAGUAGAAGAGGAUUCUUUCAAGGAGUACAAGGUGAUGAAAUCAAAAUCCAGGCAGCAGGAUGAUCAAGUUGGUAAGCAGAGCAUGGAGAUGUUAAAAGUAAGAGCUGCCCUUGAGGAGAAAUUGAAGCAGAAAGGCAUCUUUAGUUCUAUAGCAAACAAGCAUGAUAGAGAUAAAAAGUGCCCCCAACCUGUUAAUGGACAACUUGAGACAUUAGAGGACUUUGAUGAUGAUGCUAUUGUGUUAGAAAAGGUCCAUCAUCGAACAGAUCUCAGGAAUGGAAGUCUUUUGCAUCCACUUAAACCCUGCAAGCUUGUGGCUUCUCAGGCAAAUAAGCUGAAGUUCUCUGGUGGAUGUAUCAGGCACAUGGAACCUGAAAGUUUUUUGGUGCUUGAUGCAUCUUCCAUGAGAAUGGCCCCUGAAGUUGUUUCUGGUGAUAUGAUUUAUGAUGAUUUACCAAAAAGAGAUGACAUAGGAGAGAGGCGACAAAAGCAUGAACUUAGAGUUUUGGCUGGGACUGGAAUAGGAACUGUUGAUGAUGUGGAUGAUGAAUCUGGAACUCUUGUGAAUGAGGGAGUUCCAGAAGUUGAUUUGGAUGGUGAGACCGAAUUAGAUUUGGAAUUUUACAAGCAGGCAGAACUAAAACAUGCUGCAAAGCUUGCAGCAAAGGCAGAAAUGCAUACUAGAUCCACAAAGCUCACACCUUUGCCAGAAACUGUUGUAGAUGGGAAGCGCCAAAUUUCUUAUCAGAUGGAGAAGAACAGAGGGUUAACUUGUGCUCGGAAGACGCUAACCAAAAAUCCAAGAAAGAAGUACAAGUUGAAGCACCAAAAAGCAGUGGUGCGUAGAAAGGGACAAGUGCGAGAUAUCAGGAAGCCAACUGCUAUUUAUGGUGGGGAAGCCUCGGGUAUUAAUGCUGCAAUCAGCCGCAGUAUUAGGUUUAAGAGCUAGUCAUUGCGAUGCUGCAUUUGUAUUUUUUGGAAAUAUGAAGUUGUUUUAUAUAUAUGUUUUUGCAGUAAUUAUCAUGUUGAAGAGGGAAUUUUAGGUUGAGGGAAGUUCAUGUCCGCUGUCUAUUUUUUAGUAGACAUACAAUUUUGGUGAUUGUGACAAAAAAGUUUUGGAGUUUUCAAUUAGAUCUUACCUUCGUGCA